UUUUAUUAUGUUAAAGAAAAAAUAAAAUAAAAUUGCUAAACAUACCCCUUUCCUUUCCCCCUCGUGCGGCAACUGAAAGCCGUCUCCUUCCUACCUCUUUUCGCAGUCUCACUCUUCGUUGGCUUCCCCUCCCGCCCUCCGCCAGCAAGGUAUCAGGUUUGAUAGACUUUGAUUUACGUUGGAUAAGGAUAAACUCAAAUCCAUAUACACUCAUCAAUUUGAACAUUACUAUUCGACACAGACAGAAGAUGGCAUUAAGGCAAAUGCUAUUCAACACCAGAUCAGUGUUUUCUCCACCGGGGUUGGCCAGAUUCUCCACCAAAUCAAACCCAUACCUAGUGAAAGUUGGGAUACCAGAGUUUUUGAAUGGCAUUGGCAAUGGAGUGGAAUCCCAUGUGACCAAGCUUGAGUCUGAGAUCGGAGACUUCCAAAAGUUGCUUGUCAUUCGUACUCUCAGGCUGAAGAAACUUGGCGUCCCUUGCAAGCAUAGGAAGCUCAUCUUGAAACACACUCACAAGUAUAGGCUAGGACUCUGGAGGCCUCGAGCUCAGCCCGUCAAACCCUAGUUAGUUUAGGAGUAGCGCGUCCUUUACACAGAUUUUGCCUGCCGCAAAAUGUGACUGUCGGACACUUGAUGUUAUGAGAUUUGAAAGAAGAGUUUUACUUGUUUGUUAGUCGUCUGUCUCCUGUAUUUAAUUUAUAAUGAAGUUUAGUGCUUUAGUGUCUGAUAUACUGGAUGUUCAGUUUCAUAAUGUACCUAGCCAGUUGAAUUUAACAAUAAUUUUUUAGCAAAUUUAAUUACGUAUUGCUCUUCACAUC